AUGUCUUUCAUUCAAGGUUUCUCUUUCUUACAAGAUGAUUUCAUACUAUCAUGGAUCAAGCAACUGGGGCUUCUGGUGCUGUUAUUGGUUUUCGAUGUGUCGAAUAACCGAUUAGCGAGUUCAAUUCCGGUGGCGUUGGGGAACCGGACUGGGAAUUUGGUGAGGUUUAAUUCCAGCUCGUAUGUGGGGAAUAAGGAUCUCUAUGGGUACCCAUUGCCGCCAUUGAAAAGUAAAGGCCUUUCGAUUAUGGCGAUUGUGGGGAUCGGAUUGGGAAGUGGGUUGUUGAGCUUGGUGCUCAGUUUUAGUGUUGUAUGUAUAUGGUUGAGAGUUUCUGAGCAGACCUGA